AUGCGCCGUUACCCUGCCAGCCCGGGGAAGGAGCCGCGGUUACCUCCUCCGAGCCCGGUGUUGCCGGUUCCCCCGCCGCUCGCCGCUCGGUCGAACCCACCUGGGGAGGGAAAGAGAGAGAAGAGGCGUCAGGAGGAGCCGCCGCCGCCAUCGCUCCAACUUGGAGCAACUUUCCCGCUCCGUUCAACCAGCACCGGAGAGGGGGGGGAACCGACCCCCGAGCCGCCGUCACCCAAAGGUGUUGAGGCAACAAAGAGCGGGAGGGGAUUCGACGCUCCUAUUUUUGGCCUGUUCCCGUCUAGAAAUAUUCCCCCAAAGCCCCGAAAGCUUCGCAAAGAUUGAUCUCUCAAAAAAAAAAA